AUGGAUUUCUUUAGCUCUCAACAUCCACUUUAUAUGUUCGAUAUUCUUGGUUGCGGUCGAUCGUCUCGUCCAUCGUUUAACGGUCUAAAACAUAUCAAAGCUGAAACAAAAUUCGUCGAAGCAAUUGAAGAUUGGCGAGGUGAAUUAAAACUGAACGAAUUUUAUCUCAUUGGACAUGGAUUUGGAGCUUUUUUAUCGACAUUAUACACAAUAAAAUAUGGUCAAUACAUUAAAAAAUUAAUAUUACUAGAUCCCUGGGGAUUCAAUUCCAAACCAGAAGAAAGUCAGCUGGAUUUAAGAACACCAUGGUGGAUUAAAUUACUUGCUUUCAUCACACAAACGUGGACACCGUUUUCAGCAUUUAGAUUUUUAGGACCCUUAGGUUUACCGGCACUCAAACUUCUUGCACCACGUUGGAAACGUUUGGCACCUAUAUCGCAGUCUGGAGGCAAAUCAGAAGAAUUAUAUGAAUAUCUUUUUCAUUGUAACAUACAAUCAUCGAGUGGUGAUGUUGGCUUUCAAGCAAUGGCAGAUUGGUAUGGGUGGGCUAAAGCUCCAAUACUCACACCAAACAAUUCAAGACUAGAUGCUAUUUCAACGACAAUACCCAUUGCAUUUGUUUUUGGUUCAAGAACGUGGGUUGACAACACUUCAGCGCAUCAAAUUAAAAAACAACGAAAAAAUACAGACGUUAAGACUAUUUACAAUGCUGCACAUUUCUUUUUUUUGGAAAAAUCUGAACAAUUUCACCAAUGUAUGACGGAAAUAUUUAACGAUACAUCGUCAUCAGUGACAACAUCAUAUGAUUGA